UAUUCUGCUUUUAUUUACGUUAUUUCGCUCGAUCUGAAAUAAUAACUUUGCGACUCGAUAGGAAAAAACUCUUCAUUUAACGACAGCAACAGAGAUCGUCCCAAAUAUUCGGAAGUCUUGGGGCUUUUCUUUCCGGUCCACUCGGACUUGUCAGACGUGGCAGAAGAGCCCGGUUCGACUGCGUCUCUGACUAUUGAUGUCGCGUGUGAGGGAGGCGGAGUUGAGAGGAAGUGCUCCGGCUCGCAGCGGAACGCCGCAGAUCCGGGCUGGUACCUCCAGUUCGGACCUCCAGCUCGACACCAAAAGUUCCGCUCUUGUUCCCCCAACUUCGUCCGAUGGGCUGAGGGAGUCGCGCUGGGGCGGAUUCGGUCAUCUGAGGUUCGGUUCGGCCCUGCGGGCUCGGCUCCAGGAUGCGGCUGUGAGGCAUGGCUUCGGCUGUUUUCGAGGGGACUUCGCUGGUCAACAUGUUCGUCCGCGACUGCUGGGUCAACGGGAUCCGGAGGCUGAUCAUCAGCCAGCGGGGCGAGGAGGAGGACUUCUUCGAGAUCCGGACCGAGUGGUCGGACCGCAACGUCCUCUACUUGCACCGCAGUUACUCGGACCUGGGUCGGCUCUUCAGGAGACUGGCGGACUGUUUCCCUGAGGACCGCGGGGACCUGUGCAAGUCUCCGCUCACUGAAGGUUUGGUGAGAAUCAAAGAAGCCAACGACAUCGAAGAAAAACUCAACGAAGUCGAGCGACUUCUGAAAAAUGCCAUCAACAUGCCCUGCAAGUUCUCCAGGUCAGAGGUCAUGCUGACCUUCUUCGAGAGGUCCCCGCUGGACCAGGUUCUGCGGAACGACAAGAUCCACCGCAUCCAGCCGUGCUUCCAGAGCCCGAUGACCAUCUCGGAGAUCAUGAGGUCGAACGGCUUCUGUCUCGCCAACACGGAAACCAUUGUGUUCGACCAGAGCUUGCCAGAAGAGAAGGAGCGACCGUCGUCCACGGACUCAGUGGAGCACACGUACGAGGACGGAUUGGACUUCUUGUCGCCAGAGACGGAUCUGUGCGGCGAGGACCCGGACGCCUACGUCACCAACCUGUCCUACUAUCAUCUGGUGCCGUUCGAAACCGACAUUCUGGAAUGAGGAAGCUCCACAUCCACUCCCC